GUUUGGGAAAAAGGACAACAAGCACGAAAUUAUUUGACGAGCUGUUGGAAGGACUGAAGGAGGUAAAUUCAUUUCUUGCUGAAGUGGCACACUGGUCCUGGGAAUCUGUUGGUCUGGAGGAAGAAUGUUCUGCAGGAGUGUUUGCUGUAACCGUUGGUCAUCUGUGGAGAGGUUAGAUGGGAAAACGGUCAUCAUCACAGGAGCCAACACUGGCAUUGGAAAAGAAACGGCCAGGGACCUGGCAAGAAGAGGUGCUCGGAUAGUCAUGGCCUGCAGAGACCUGGAGAGGGCAGAGGAAGCCCGGACCGACAUUUUGGAAGACACAGGAAAUGAGAAUGUGGUCAUCAGGAAACUGGAUCUCUCUGACACCAAGUCCAUCCGAGUGUUUGCUGAACUCAUCAACAAAGAGGAGAAACAAGUGAACAUCCUGAUAAAUAAUGCAGGCGUCAUGAUGUGUCCCUACUCUAAGACUGUUGACGGGUUUGAAAUGCAGUUAGGUGUUAAUCAUUUGGGUCACUUCCUGUUGACUUACCUGUUGCUGGACCUCAUCAAGCGUUCAGCUCCAGCCCGUAUUGUCGUUGUGGCAUCAGUGGCCCACACCUGGCCCGGUCUUCGACUGGAUGACAUCAACAGUGAAAGGAGUUAUGAUACCAUGAAGGCCUAUGGGCAGAGCAAGUUGGCUAACGUCCUCUUUGCACGCUUACUUGCCAAACGGUUACAAGGUACAGGGGUGAGCGUAUUCUCUCUGCACCCGGGUGUGGUGCAGUCUGACCUGUGGAGGCACCAGCACCAGUGUAUCCAGGUGGCAGUGAAGAUCUUCAGGAUGUUCACCAAGACAACACUGGAGGGAGCACAGACCACCAUCUACUGUGCUGUGGAGUCAGGCCUGGACAGCCAGAGUGGAGGGUACUUCAGUGACUGCGCUCCUGCAAGGUGUUCGAGGGCAGCUUCUGACGAUGACUUGUCCCAAAAACUAUGGGAAAUCAGCUGCAACAUGCUUGGCAUCUCCUGGCAGUGAACAGUGGCAAAUUAACUGUGCAGUGAAGGAUAGUGUAUGCUAUAUAUCAUCUUUUAAACGGCACUUCUACACACUUCUAUAAAGGAAUUAUUGUUACUGUAAAUGUGAAACAGAUGUACUUCAUGACUCAAAGCACGUUACAGUCCAAACGUCAUUACAAAGAAGUUUUUAUUUUGUAAAAUAUCAAAAUGAAUCUGAAGUUUUAAUCAAAUUGUAUUCAUCAAACAAGAUUGCAUGAUGUCUCUUACUGUACUUUUACUAGUCCAUGUGGGUAUUCUUUGUUUAAUCAGUUUUGUAUCUUGAGUGCAGUUGUUGUUAUAUUUUACAUUGGAUAGCUUGUAAAGACGUUAGCCAGCAUGAUCUUGCUUUGAAUGAAAAUGACCUGUUUUGUGAAAGUCUCUCUUACAUGCCUCUUAUAAACUAUGAGUUCCAGUGUGGCUGUAGUUUUUGGCACUGAUGAAAACAAUUGGCUCUAAACCCCCUCCAAAAGCCCUUUUUACAUCUGAAUGAAAUACUGUACCGCAGCACACACACAUUGUGGUCGAUGCACUUACAGUUGAUAAUAAAAUGAAGUGGGUCCUUUUCUGCUUUUUUAGCUCUUCAAGUAUUACAAUAGUGCCUACAUUUAAUAAGUAAAAAAUGCACUAUUAAGUAAAUAAAUUAAUACAAUUAAAAUGAUUCUUUUUUUCACUGAUAAAUAUAAUUGAAUAUCCUUAUCCAUUUCGUGCCAUCUGCCGUUUCAGAUGACUUCCUGUUAGCUGAGGAAGGAAAAGCCUAAGAUUCUGUUAAUGUAACAAUAUGUACAAAAUCUUACACUCCAACCUGUUAGAAUGGCAGACAUAUUGCAUAAUUCGGCUUUUUUGUGACUUAUGUAAAAGUUGCUCUGUACAUGAGUUCUUCUGAGUGUGUUUAGUUCAUAGUACCAUUUUCCAAGCUGUUAGGUUGACCUUUUCAGUUGAAAUAAUGUGACACUUGGAUCAAUUUAAACUUUGAGAGCUAAAAGAGAUUAGUUUGGUGUAUUCAUAAUGAAAGAAUUGAGGGUCUUAAAGUCUUAGCCCUGCCACCCAAACAGAUGACUGAAUGUUGAUGUGACUACUAACAGUCGA